GUCUUGGGAUCUAGUUCAGUAUUGCAUACUUUCUGAUCCCUUUACAGACUUUACCCCUGGAUCAUAUCAUGUAACGAGAUGGGCUUAUUCCUUAUUUACUUUUGUCUGUCAAACCCCUCAUCAACUGCACUUGUAUUUUGCUCAGUCAUCAAUAACACGUGAGGAUAUUUAGGCAAAAUACGUAUUUAGCACAGCAGUUUAGUGAAGCUGUUUUAUCCACGUGGUUAGAAUUUUAAAGCGUAACGAAACACAAUGAGACUGAGGAAGCGUACAGUGUAAGACGCAUAAACGAAGAUGGGGUGCCGCAGUAAAACCUCUCAGAUAAAGAACUGCUUGAGUACCCACCGUUUGUCGCUGUUCAUUAUUUCAGCCACUAUACUUGGAUUUUGUGUAGGACUAUCCUUACGUCACUUAAAAUUGGACCAACAAACAAUUCAGCUGAUUGGUUUCCCAGGCCGACUAGUUUUUCGAGCUAUCAUCUUAUUGGUUGUUCCGCUUCUGUGUUCCAGCAUCAUAUUGGGUGUCUCGUCACUGAAGAAAGGAGAUAACGUCCGACUGGUGGGAUUCACCGUUGGGUUUUUUAUUGGUCUUCAGUUCUUUUGUACAACGCUUGGUAUUGUUGCUGGACAGCUAAUAAAUCCUGGGAAUUUCAAAGAUGAAAAUGUAGGAAAUUACGACUCAAAGACAGCAGCACAUGUUGAAAAAAGCCAAAUUGUGGAUCUUGUACUAGAUAUGUUCAGGAAUGCUGUACCAGAUAAUAUAUUUCGGGCAACAUUUAUGCAAGAGGCAACUGUAAUGAAAAAAUCAAUUGAAAAGUCACACGAAAACAGCGCUAAUACUUCCAACAUAACUGAUGAAGAUUUGCAGAAUGAUAUUUACACGAGACAUGUUAUUUACGCCAAUGGUUCUAAUUACAUUGGUUUGCUCUUGUUUUCUGUUGUUUUCGCAUGUGCAAUCAUCUCACUUGGUGAAAAAGUUACUCAUCUCAGGCUGAUCAUCGAACAGUUCAAUGAAAUCAUUAUGAAAAUGUUAGAGUUUCUUUUGUGGUCCUUAUUGUUGGGUAUGUUCUUCUGGAUGUGUGAAGAAGGCUUGAAGACACAAUCGGUAGUCAACAUUUUUCAUCGACUGUUGUGGUUUGUCGUAACUGUCUUCGGACUCUACGUGCUGUAUCAGCUGGUCAUACUACCAUUUCUUUAUCUGCUCAUUGUCAAGAAAAAUCCGUUCCCCUUCUAUUUAAACCUUCUACCAGUGUUUCUCACAGCCCUAGGGACGUCGUCCAGCUCUGCAACUCUUCCAUUUUCCAUUCGCUACAUGGAGGAAAGUAACAAAGUCCACAGCUACAUAACCCGAUUUGUACUUCCACUCGGGAUGACAAUUCACAUGGAUGGCGGAUGUUUAGAUUUUCCAGUAGAAGUUCUUUUUAUUGCUCACUGGAAUGGAGUCACUGUUGACAUUCCGACAUUGAUUGUGUUGUGCCUGUUUAUUGUGUUAUUUUGCAUCGCCUCUCCUGGGGUCCCAACCACCCCUGUUCCAGUUGGACUUUUGGUUGCACUGGAUAUAUGUGGUGUGAAGUCACCUGCUUACGUACCUCUCAUUCUUAGCAUGGAGUGGCUUGUUGACCGAUUCCGAACCAGCUGCAACGUUAUUGGUGACUGCUACGUUGCAGCAUAUGUCGAAAAACUUUGUGUUCAUCGAAUAGAUGCCGAAAUUACUAACGACAUGGUGGCCAACACACUAAAUAUAGACAUAGAAAAAGGUGGUGAUGAGUGCGCUAAUGAGAUGGAGGUAAAAUAAUCUGUAGGGAUAUGGUAAAAAUGCUACAUAUUUUGCUAAUAUUUCAUUGAAAAUAAAACGUGUAUAAAAAGG